UGAAAAUCAAACAUUCAAGGUUUCAAAAAUGAAGGAAAGAAAAGCUACUAGAGGGCUCCUUCUUCUAUCAUAUCUUAUUCUUGUCACCCAAGGGAUUAGUACAAGAACUGUAAUCCAAAGGGAAAAUACUCGCGAGAUCCUCACCCAUCGAGGAGUUAAUAAAACCAUCAUGAUGGAAGGUGGAGAUGUGUAUGAUUGCGUUAAUUUGAAUCUCCAACCAGCUUUUGACCACCCAUUGUUAAAAGAUCACAAAAUUCAGAUGGAACCAAGUUCUUUACCAGUUGGAAAAAACAGAAAAUAUCCCUUUCUACAAGUUGCGCAUCUAUCUCUUGUCGAAUGCCCACCUGGAACGGUCCCAGUACUACGUAAUAAUAGAAGGGACCAAAUAGCAGUACACAUUAUGGAUCAAGAGAUGAACAACGAUGACCAACUAGAGGUGGCUGGAAUCAAAUAUUCGGAUGAUUUGUUUGGGGUGCGAGCAACAAUAAAUGUGUAUGAGCCAAAGGUGAAAAAGGAUAGCAAGGAUAUUAGUCAAUCAGGGAUGCAAAUUGAUAAUGGACCAAUGGGUCAUAUUGAAAGUGUAGUAGCUUGUUAUUCGGUAGCACCAAGCUACACUGGUGAUGGCUUUGCGAGGUUUCAUGUUGCUUGGCGUGAUGUCAUACUAAAGAAGUCCUGCUACGAUCACACUUGUCCUGGUUUUGUCCAAGUUAGCCAUCGUGUUGGUCUUGGAGGAAGAGUACUUCCUGUUUCCGUCUACAAUGGACCACAAUAUGUGAUAGACAUUUUAAUUUUCAAGGAUCCAAAAACAAAGAAUUGGUGGGUGGCGUAUGGUGAAGAGAAAACACUAAUUGGAUAUUGGCCAAAUUCACUAUUCUCUCAAAUUAAGUAUAAAGGAAAUUUCUCAUUUUGGGGUGGGCAAGUUUCGGGCCCGACAGCUUCAUCACACUCUCCACAAAUUGGUAGUGGGCAUUUUGCUACUGAAGGGUAUGGAAAAGCAGCUUUUAUGAGAAACAUCCAAAUUGUUGACGGUAAUAGCAAGCUUGUAACCCCAAAUAAAGACAAAGACAUUGUUGGCACGAGUGAUUUAAAGAAAUAUAGUGUUGAUGGUUAUGAAGUUAAUAAACAUGGUAUGCAUAUGUACUAUGGUGGACCAGGAAAUUUGGUCUGAGAAUGUACUAUAUAGACUACAAUAAAUUGUCAAUGUACUCCCAAGUUGAACAUUUGUAUAUCUUCUCGGAUUUU